AUGGGAGUCUUCACCUGCAACUCGCAUGAAUAUGAGGGACGGUGUCUGAAGGUCUUGAUUCCGAAAGGUCUACAUUACAAUGCGGGGUGCAUUCCAACCCUGGCACCAGGACCCUCCGAAGAGGGGGAUUUCACCUCACAUGCGGUCUCAACCCCGACCCUGCUCCAGAUCAAGAGAGGCCACUUCCAGUCACCCAGGUUCAGCGACGCAGGCAUGAUUGUGGCGUUGCGGCAAGAAAUCUUUAUUGGCAACAUGGUGAAACGGGCAGUCGAGCCCAGCCUUGCCUUUUGUAGCGUCAACUGGUCGCUGGGACCGGCCGCGGACGCUACGUGGACAUAUCGCAUGAUCGCACACGCCGCUCGGGUCACCAAUUUUGCCUAUGGAAUGGGACGCGCUCAGUAUGUGCAGAAGCAGGAGGAGGAGAUUCGUAACGCCGUUCGGGUGAUCUGUGGGAUAGCCAUGUCGAACCCGGAAUCUAUGCCCGCCAGACUGACUGCGGGCCUGGCAGUUGCAUUGGGCGGCGAGCUGUUCGACGAUCCCAGUGAGACUCCAGAAUUGAUGCGACUGGUUACCGAGGCCGAGCUGCAUUUAGGAUGGCUGUGCUUGAAAGUGAGCCACCGUCUGCGGGGCUUCCUGGGGUCUCUAAGGGUAUGGGGCAAAUUCGCUCCGGGCCCACCAUCUGGCCACUUGCGGGACUUUAUCUCCUUUUAGGUAAUUCUGGCCCGGGUCGUUCUAUCAACGAAAUGAGGCUACUCAGGAGGAUGACUUCGGAACUUGAGAUGUUGAUUCCUUUGUGUUGACUGUGUUGGUUGCCAACUGACUUCUGUGGGAGAAACUCGCUUAUAGGCCUAAGUCACGUGGCCAGAUUACUCAGGCGCUGAUACAUUCGAAGUAUAGCCCGGUAUAGCCUGAUGCAAGCAUUUAAGAACCCCAACUCAGCAACAUGAUUCCGUCUCCAGAACAUCUCGUCUACGUCACUUGCUAGUUGCUAUCACCACCUGUGCCGAUUCAAUCCUCACCAUGCCGCAUUGCCACACUGCCUUCCCAG